AUGGUGUUUGCUCUUGUGGCUUCGGGAGUGUUGCUUUCCAUCUUCGACGCUCUACCUGCCUCGAGCUCUAUCAUCUACAGUAUUCCUAAGUCUCUUUAUCGUUUCAAUCACAUUAUGGUUUCCAUCAACUCUGCUUAUGCUCCUGCUUCUCCCAAGCCUACAUAUGCCGAUGUGGUUGCUGGUGAUCGCUCGCCCUCUGCUGAAUACAAACAUCGUCCUGCAAAAGGCAUUCGCAACGUCAUAAUCCACGUCAAACCCGACAACAAAGAAGAUUCUUUUUCUGUUGCCACUGACUCUGAUGACGGACCGUUAGACAGCGUCGCCUCUCGCAUUGCUGCCGCAAAGGUCGUCAAACCGGGGAACAAGACUGUUGCGAAACGCGAUAUCGAAGAUGCUGCGCUCGUUUGUUCCGAUGAGGAGUUGCCAGCCCGAAUUUCCCCUCCGAAGAAGAGUCGUACAUCCGUCAGCGCGAACGUUGAUGCGACUGUCAAUCACGUAUCUUACUCGAGUGAUUCUUCGGUCGAAGUCAUUCGAGUCGUCGAUAAUUCAGCCAACGCCCGAUAUCAGAAGGGUAUUAGUGAUGCCAUAUUAGUCGAUGAUUCAUCCGCGGAUGAAAUGGUCUCUGUUCAUCCUACCAGCGGAGCAAAACCGAAUAAACAGAAAGGCAAGAAGCCACAGAAGACAAUGCCCCAAACGGUCCGUAUCAAACAAGAGCCUGGCAUUGUCAUAAAGCAAGAAGCAUCUGCUCGUCCCACGUCCGUAUUGCCCUCUGAAGUUAUGGUUAAGAAAGAGUCUGUCGAUGUUCAUAUCCCUCUUGCACCGGAUAACGUUGCGUCCACCCCCACAAAGAAAGACAAAGGAAAAUCAUCCGUUUCAAAGAAGGGCUCUGUUGGGAUUCGUAGAUCCGCUCGGCGUUCGGAAGCUGCGAUCGAGCGAGUACCUCUGUCGGUGUCUCCGCUGAAGAUUGGGUCUGAAAUUUCUGGAUCUGCUGUUUUGUCUCCACCCAUUACUUUGCAGGGUGAUGCUGAUUCUGAUAUCAACCCCUUCUUGCCGUCACCUGAAGUCAUUUUGGGCACCAAAAUUCCAGGAAAAGGCAAAUCCAUUCGCAUUGUUCUUCCCAGCGGUCCAAUCGAUCUUCACGAAGAUGAAGCUAUGAUGUUUGCGCACGCGGUCAGAGAGAGUCGAAUGCAUCAGACCACUUAUCCAUCUUCCAAUGCUCUCCCCAGCGGUCCUUCCUCUAGCAAGUUGCUCAAAGCGCUCGAUGAUGCGUAUGAAAAGUACAGUGAAGCAGAUGCUCUUAAAACCGAACAUUCGACUUUGGACCCCCCUGUUCAAUUUAAGGCGUCUGUAAUAAGUGCCAAAUCUAUCGACGCGCAUUCUGAUGUGGUUAUGGCCAGUCUUUCUGAACAGCCAAAAACUCGACAAGUGCAGUUUCAAUCUUCUUUGACAGCUGUUCCAAUCAAUGCCGCUGUUGAAGCUCCCCCUACACCUGUCACUCCAGUUCGAGUUCCCCGCAAGUUCAAGGAUGUUGUGCCUGCCGGUCCUGUGAACAAAACUCCCAGUCUUGGAUUGAACGGGCCGGCUCUGAUGGAGGAUACCAUGCGCUUCUCGGUCAAACAUCUGCCGAAGAAAUGCGAAGUUACGAAGACAGAUUUACAAGAUAGUCUUUUAGAAAGCACUUACGUUGACCUUCCCAAUCUUCAGCAUGGUAUUCUCAAGCAAUGGAACUCGCCUAAUGUCAUGGCACCAGUCGACUGUGUUUCUUUUUCUCUCUGCGGUGAGAAUUUCCCUGAGAUGAAUUUUGAAAACGCUUAUGACGCUGUGACUUUUGUAAGGAACAAGAACUUUAUCAAUCCUUCGCGGGUUUCGCCUCUGGACGUCAGCAUCCUGUAUAUGGGAAACGAUCGUAAGCGUGCCACUUUGCAGUGCAACUCGGUGCCUGCUAUCUGCCUGAGUGCAAUUCUCACCCGCGAUUCGUAUCUAUUGGAGCCGAUAUCCAAAGGACUGUGUAACAAAUUUUUGUCUGGUCACAUGAUGCACCAGGAGUGGGAACGCUUCGCUGGAUUUGCUUGCAUGGCGUUCGGACAUCAGGUUAUGGUAGCCUCUAUCCGUGAUAAGGCAAUCACCUUUGGCACUAUGGGAACACUCACUCAAAUAGCGGAGCGGGAAUCAAUCUCUCCUUCAAAACCUCCUAGGACACCCGGCAUACUUUCUGGACAGAAAGAUGCCAAACUCCAAGGAGGAAGCCGAAAAGCACUUAAAUCAAGCACCAGGUUCAAGACCAUGAUGGAUUCAACCGACACUAUUCCCAUAUAUGAUUCACGUAACCAUGCCUUCAAUUUCAACACUGACCUCGACCGGUUAGACGAAUUGCUACCUAGAUGGCGUCGCGGAGAGAUUCCACCUAACUCCUUUGUUAUGGUGGCGUACACUAUGACUCAAUACGAGAAGGAACGGUCAUUUCAUCUGUGUACCAACAUACAGUAUGCCGUUGUGUUCGGUACGGAACACGAUACCAGCGACAUAGAGGCAGAACAGGAGUCCUUUGCAGGUUUUGAUGAAGACUGA